AAUGCAUCUUUGCAGAUUCUAGUAAAGGAGAAACAUAUUUGAGAAGCCCAAAAGCCAUGGAUCCAAAUGGUCCGGAGAGUUAUUUCUAGAAGGUUACAUGGAAAAAACAACUCAGCAAAUUGAUUACAUGUCACUAUUUUCAUUCCACCUCACAUUUUCGCCUAUAAGGGGAUUUAGUCGAGGGAGAUGAAGAAGCCGCUGAAAAGGAGGAAGUAGGUGAGGAUGGCGACUGCUACAGUGAAUCCAAGCAUGACAUGGGAGACGACGCCAGAGAGGAAUGUGAUGAAGGAGCUUUCGGCCUAGAAGGAGGCGAAGAUGGUGAGGAAGAAGAAGAGCAACCCAUGGAAGCCAUCGGCAAGUCCUACCGUCCAAAAAGUUAUGGCGGCAAAGGAGAUGGAGAGGACGAUUAAGGAAGGGAUGGAAAUUAUGGAGUGGGCGAGGACGUAGGAUGGUCGGCGGUAGGUAUUGUAAGCUGUUUCUCUCAUGAAGAUGUAGCGUUCUUGGAGGAAAACAGGGAUGGCUUCAGCAUAGGUGUAGAAGUUGGUGGACAUGGCGAAGGCGAAGAACCCAAUUCGUUCUUGAACCCCUUUGGGGGAAUUGUCCAGGUGCCAGAAUAUCGUCGCCAAGAUGAAUAAGGUGACCACAACGGUGCCCAAUCGGAUUCUAAACAGUUCAGGCAUUCUUCUUGAGUUCGUCAUCGAUCUUUUAGCAAUGACAAUCAUUUCAUUCCAGAACGGAUUCGCAAAUGUGGGCACUGAAGAAGUCAAAUUGGAAUCAGUGGUGGCUCCGGAGACUAAUUUCCCCCGGGAAACGCUUGCACUGAUGGCCGCUUUGAGUGAAUCACAUCAGAAGAAAAUAUGGUGAUUACUUUGGUAUUACUGUUGCUGGUUAUCAGUUGUUCGAUUAAAUUCCUCUUACAAAAUUUGCCUUUUGUUUUAUUAGCCUCUAUCUAUUUUGCUUUACCAAAAAUUGAAAAGAUCAUUGUUUUUAUAAGAACCAUAUCACCCCAUAAAUGGGAAUUCAAUCGAGCUAUUGAGAUUACUGGUUUUCGUAGUUUGCACUGCGGCGCCAUCGUGCGUUUGCUCGGAGGACCGCCUCCUGGUUGGAAUGACUCUGGUUCGAGAUGCCGUUGCUCAAGAAGCCUAUAAGCCUUUUAAUUUUGUAUUGAAAAAAAUUGAUGAGCAAUUUGUUUUGUAUUUUUUUUUCUUGAUUUAUUUUUAAUUUUUAGUUUUAAAUAUUCAGAGUUUGCCGGCUAACAUCUCCACAGAGGAUUUGGCGCCGGAGAAGACAACUGGCUUUUUCAAUUCGAGGUAAGAUUUCAGAUUUUUUUUUAUAAAAUUAAAAAGAAAUUUAUGUAUUUUAAUGCACACUAUAUAUUGAAAGUGUAAUUCUUACGCUAAAAUUAUUAAGUCUGUUUUUUGGCAAACUUGUUUCUGGGAUUUAUUCUGUUCUGACAUGACCUGUUGAAUUCCACCAAGCUUUUCGUCCCGUCAGGAGUUUCUUCCAGCGCACGAAUCAAAUCCAGUGCGAAUUCAGUCCAAUUCUCAUUCUCCAGAAUCGGAUGACCAAACUAGCUAAAGAAAAGGGAGAGGUUCGUCGGAGAGCCGCUGUACAUCGUCUGUGAGGUGGAAUGAAAAUAAUGCCACGUAAUUAAUUUGUUGAGUUGUUUUUUCCAGGUAAGCUUAUAAAAAUUAAAAAUGGUAAUUGUUGGACACUUAAACGUGCCAGGUAUGCAAUCUAUCAACGGAAGGACCAUUUGGGUUGUAGGAAAAUAAAGUUAAAGGACCACUUGAGUGCUUUCUGAAGUUUAAGGAUGAAUUAAGUUCUAUAAUGAAAGUUUAAGGACCAA